AUGGCUAAUACUGUAGAACAAUCUUCAUUGUAUUCAUCUUUUGUAGAUGCAAGAAUCUCAUUCUCCAAUGAUUUUGCAGACAGUAGUGAUCAUAUGUCGAAAACAGUUUCAAGAGCACAAGAUCAGAUGAAGUACAAGGAAGCUCCUGUUUCGUCUGAUUUCAAAUUCAAUGUCGAAAACUACGGUUUCAUUUCUGCGGCUGAUGAGAUCUUCCUUGGUGGAGUUUUGUUGCCAUUGGAGAAGACUCAGAAAAAAAUGACUACACUUAGAGAAGAACUAAGUGCUCAAGAUCAUCCUGACCGUACGAUCUCAAAGAGCUCUCGUAAUUGGUGGAAGUUAGGUCUCAACAAGUCCAAGAAAGUACAUUCCAACAACAAUAGCUUCACUCUUCCCAACAAAUCUCAGAAUUGUCUUGCAAGUAUAUUGGAAUCUGAUGACUGA